AGUUUCAUUUCCAGUUAUGUUGCGCUUAGUGGAUCUUCGACGUCAUCAUCUCUUUUUUUUUGUCUCUCCCAACUACAAACUGCGAAGUUGCUCGACGAAGAACACACUCGUUUUGUAAAGCCCAAUCGUAYUUGCCUCUACAGAAGAAGCCUUUUUUUAACCGAAGCAACAACGGGUAGAAAGAUGAGACUCGCACCUUUGUUGUGUUUCUUCAGUUUUAUUUGGUUGGCAGAUUGUGCACCACCGACAUGCUAUUCCCGAGUYCUUGGCUUGAGCAAGGAAAUAAUGGACCUUUUGGAAAAACUGCACAAUUAUCAUCUCACGAAAACCUGCGUGGAGAUUCUGCCCAAAAUGUUUCUGGAUGUGCACAAUUCGUGCAUCGUGACCAAGCUCCGUGACUUCCUCUACGUUGUGGAGAACCUUCCCACACAGUACUGCAGAGAGCGACCCAGGAUCGUGUUGUUGAAGCGCAAAGUCAACAACCUGUACACGAUUAUCAACAGAAUCUGUUAUCGGGACCUAGUGUAUUUCACAGAUGACUGUGAGGCCAUUGAGACUGGACAGAGUAACCCUCGCUACGGAGAGGACAGGCUCCAGCUGCUGGUGGAAGAGAAGAGAUGAGCCCAUCCAGAGACAAACACACACACGCUCACAUGUGCGAACAGCGCACAUCUCACACACACACACACACACUCACACACAGGAAUGGAAGUGUGAGGGUAUGUAAACCCUGUUUCACUCAAAAUCACACACACAUACCAUCACACACAACACACAACUCUAGUGGAAAAACAUGCCAACGCUGUUUAUUUUCUAACCAAUGUAGUGGUGGCCUACAGAGUUGAUGUUAUUGGUGAAGUCUCAUGUUAGAUGGCAUGUGUCUGGUUACAUUACACCAAGUGGUGGAGGACUUUCCACAGGAAAUUUGCUGAAUACCAGCCAUUCCAAUGAAACCCUUAAAAUAAUAAACCAAUAAGAAAUGUUUGUGAGCCURGCUUACCGCUGCUUACUUACCAUACUGUUCGAAAGGGAAUGCCUAAUUUAUCCAAAUAUGUUGUAUGUUUCCAUAACCCUUCGUACUACUAAGCUGUCUUAAGGCUUACACAUACCCAGUUCCCAGCCUGUACACCCCUGAGAAAAUAAUGAUUACCUCAUGCUUGUUGUUUGAUUGUAUGAAUAGGCCUACUCUUUAACCUUUAGUUAUGUAUCUUGUUUUGAUGUCGGCUAACCUUCAUCAUUAUCGCGUUUUCUAUGUAAUUGGUACAAUAUACGUUUGUGUAGUGUAUUACUUAUAUGUAUGUAAUAAAACAACUAUAUCUCUUU